GUCUGAAACUUGAAUCAUUCCUCGCCAAAGCAACCAACCCCUGAUUCCCCACAGACACAAUGUCGGUCCCCGUUUACAAGGACAAUCUUACGGAGACGACGUCCCAAGUAAAUUUGCAGGACCUGGUCGGCAAAUCGGUCAUCGUGACUGGAGGGGCGAGCGGGCUAGGGAAGGCCUACGCCAAAUCCUUUGUCGAAGCUGGUGCCUACGUCACAAUCGCUGACUACGACGAACGAGCCGGCAAGGAGACCGAGAUAGAGCUCGCAGGCAAAGCCCAAUUCGUCAAAUGCGACGUCCGCAAAUGGGAAGAUCAAGUCGCCGUCUUCGACGCCGCAGUCCAGAACUCGCCUCACAAGAGUUGCGACAUCGUGAUCGCCAACGCGGGCGUCGUGGGCGCCGAUGAUCUGUAUACUCUGCAGGAUCCCUCCCAGCCGCCCGUGAAGCCCAAUCUUCGGACACUAGAAGUCAACCUAAUCGGCAUGGCCUACACCACCAAGCUGGCUAUGCAUUACUUCCGCCGGCAGCCACUGGCCGCGACCCGCGAUCGGUGUCUGAUCCUCAAAGGCAGCAUCGCCGCGUACGCGGAUCAGCCCGGCUCGCCACAGUACAAUGCGUCGAAAUGGGGGGUGCGGGGCCUGAUGAGGAAUCUGCGACGGACAGCAUGGAGGGAGGGGAUUCGGGUGAACCUCGUGGCGCCGUGGUAUGUUCGGACGCCGAUCCUUUCGGACGCGAUUAUCGAGUAUCUUCAGGGGAAAGGGGUCAAGUUUGCGACGGUCGAGGAUUGUAGCGCUACGAUGUUGAGGAUUGCGGCGAAUAGGGAUAUCAAUGGCAGGGCAUUUGGGGUUGUGCCUCGCGAGGAAUCACCGUCGGGACAUAUGGAUCUAGUGCAUGAUGACUAUCAGGAAGGAGAUUUCUUGAGGGGGUGGGAGGACAUUGUCCUGGAUACUGCGCAGUCUAUUGUGGACUUGGCAUGAGUGGCGAGAUUUGGACCAUCAGAUAGCAACGAUAUCAGACCAGGCUAGUUAGUUCGAGG